AUAAGACAGAGAAAGUGGCAGCACAACCUUCACUCCCUCAGCAAAAGAGACAGAAGAAGUCAGGGAUCUGCAUUUCUGGGGAGAACUAGUGUGACCCUUUCUCCAGCCAAGGAUCAACAAUGGCCAGAGUCCCAGAAUGUCAGGAGCAGAUAAUGAAGUUCUGCAGCAUGAAUGAGGAGAUGCCGUUCUAUGAAGAAGUCCAGCCUUGCUUGACUAAGAAUGCCUCCCAAACCCUGAGACGGUGUGUUCACUGCUCCCAAGUUCACUGUGCCUGUGAGAUGGACAUCCAGGUAAAGAUAACCAAGAGGGUCCCAACCAAGGGCUUCCGGAAAGCUGUGGUGAUCGUGGUUGCUAUUGAGAAGAUGAAGGCGAAACCCAAGGCUUUCACAGAUGAAGAUUUGCUGAAUGUCCUAAGCACUGUUUUAGAACCUGUGCAUUUUGACAAGUGUGAGUUCACUUAUGCAACAGAUUCCAUUUACCGCUACACCCGAGCCAUCUCCUAUGAUAUCCAAGAUAUUAAGCAGAAGUCAUUUGUCCUCAAUGAGCCUGCACAGCUGGUGGCCGUGCACCUCCAAGGCGCUAACGUAAAUCACGCAGUGAAGCUAAAAAUGGCUAUAUAUCGUCCGAAAGGCACUGUAAAGAAUAAUCCUAUUGCACUGGGAAUCAAAGGGAGCAAUCUGUGUUUAUCGUGUAUGCCAAAAGAAGGUGCAGAAGGGCAGCCAGAGCUACAGUUGGAGGAAGCAGACAUCCUUCGGCACAUUGACAAAUCCAAACUGGGCCGCUUCAUCUUCAACAGGAUUGAUAUCGGGGACACCACAAGGUUUGAAUCAGCAGCGUUCCCCGGUUGGUUCAUUUGCACCUCCGCCCAGUCCAAUGAGGCUGUUGGCAUGACUGACCAGAUUGGGCAAGUUGCAAUCGUCGAUUAUACUCUCACAAACUAAAAGAUGAUGGCUUAAACCAAGUUCUUGUAUGUACUAUGUACACAUCUUGUAAUCUAUGGGCAUUUUCAGAACCUGCACAUUUGGCAGAUCCUGACAACACUUUCCCAGGCGACAAGUCACAUUUAUAUUUUAUCCAGCCCUCUUAACAAAUGAGUUUGACACCCCUAAUCAAGGGGAAAGCACUUAAUCAUGAGAGAACUCUUCAUCAGAAUCUCAGUAUUGUAAGUGCCAGCCAAUUGGGAUCUGUUGAAAAUGAUGUCCAGGUUUCAUUCUUGAAAAGCGUGGGGAGGAGGAAGAAAUGCAAUAUUUUACCACUGCACUGCAAGCCGUUUUGCCUGUAAAUAUUUAAUAGUUACUAUUUUUUAUGUUAAUUACCAAACACAAGGUUAUAAAUGAGGGUUUAUAUUUAAUGAAAGUAUUUAUUAAUAAUUUAUCAGUUUUGCUGCUCUGUCUCAGCUAAGUUUUAAUAAAUU